GGCCAUUUCAUUAAAGAUUGCCCCCACCCUAAGAAGACCGAGCAUGCUAGUGUAGAUGUUGAUAAAUGUGACCUUGGUGAUAUUUUGAUGGUUUGUGACCAUGUUAAUUCUGUGAGAAAUUCCCUGUCUGAGCAUGAAUGGUUGAUUGACUCUGGUUGUACCUAUCACAUGUCCCCCUUUAGAGAUUUGUUUUCUACUUAUGAAUUAUGUGAUAGUGGCUACGUUUCCUUAGCUGAUAAUAAGAGAUGCAAUGUGCUUGGUGUUGGUGAUAUAUGUCUGAAAUUUUCUUGUGGCUCUGUGUUUACCAUUAAGAAUGUAAGGCAUGUCCCUGAUUUGUGUCAUAACUUGUUAUCUGUUGCUGCUUUGGAGAGUAGUGGGUU